AUGGCGGAUGCUGCUGAUGAUGAAGGGCAACACCCCUUCCAGAGCCUGACCACUGAUCUGCAGCCUUUUGUUUGCAAUCAUGCCUUGCUGAGAUUUGGCAGUGUGGGCUACAAUUUGUCCGAUGGCUUUCGGUGGGACUUCGCGUAUGUCUAUGACAAGAGAGUGCUGGUGCCUGGCUUCUUAGCAAUUGAUGCUGCGAGUACAGCGCUCAUUCUGCACUACAUGCUGGAUGUCUUGACCAAAUCCAGGACACAGGCCAAGAGCUCCAACUUCCAGCAGUUCUUUCGCGACUUUGCACUUCUUGCUUUGACUUUGGUAGCUGAUAGCAGUUACGAGAUUGGCGGCGGGCUUACUUUGCAGUCCACUGGUGCAGUGUCUGGAUUUGACCGCUGGUUGUCCAGAAAUUUGCACAGAAAUAUUGUCAGGGCCUGGAUGGAUUCCUGGGCAUGCAUGGCUGAUGAUGUGAACGGAAGCAUUUUGUCACAGAAUGUGUUUGCUGAGGGCGUGCCUCCGCAACUGAAAGAUCUUGUACUUUUUGCCGUUGGCUUCUUACCUGCUUUCAAGAAGGCUCACUCCAGGAUGCCAUCAGUGCACUCAAUCUCUGCAAUCCAGGGGCUUCAAUGUCUCAUCGUUGAUUUUCUGUCCCGUGCAAUUGACACUGUGGUGUUGGAUGCCAUGGCCCAGCAAGAAGAUUCUCAGGAUUCUCAGCCUUUGCCAGCGAGGUGCCUUUAUCCCGGCGAGAUGGAGUUGACAGCAGAAGCCGAACGGCUAGCAGCAAGAAGGGAGACCGAAAGACUUUCCAGCCUGAAAUUCCUUCAGGCCUUGUCUUGCCAGCUUGAAAAGUUGACGGACCUUUGCCUGGAUGAUUUUAAGGCCCCAGAACAGUUGCUUCGACUCUUGAAUUUACAGCUGGGCGAUCAGUGCGCCUACAACCCUGUCGAGAAGGUCAUUGUCUUGAAUGAGGAGGUGAUCCAAGUGGAUCAAGCCUGCGAUGGUCGACUCAGCUACCUCCCGUGUUUGCACGUGAUCAUGGAUCAUGAUCGGGCGCCCUAUUUCUAUCUUGAUGAAAACAAAGGUGGCGAAUGGCUGCAUAUCCAUGCGCCUGGUGCCUGGUAUGCGUUUCCAACGAAUCCGGUCUGGUCUGAGGACUUUGGCCUUUGCUUUCCUUCAGGUCCACUUGAAAGCUUGACCCAGAAUUCCUUGAGGCGCUCGAGUGAGCUUUCUUUCAAUGAUCUGAGCCUCCUUGCAGGGGGUGCUGGUAGGAGGAGCAGGGUGGAUCUGUUGACAACAUUGGCUUCCCAGUUUGGCCAGGAAUUUUGUGAUCAUGUUUUGGAGCAGGACAAACAGUCCAAUGGGCCCAAGAAGACUGUCAGCCACAGUGAUGGUGUUUUGGUCAAAGCGGUCUUUGAAUAUCUGGACGAUGAUGAGCGCAAAGAAUUCAAAGACACGAGAGACGAUGUUUUGAAGUCUGAGAAGGCGCAGGUGCAAAAGAAGUGGAGGGACCUCUUGAACCAGAAGACUGAGGAGCAAAAGGCGAAGCGUGAAAAGAAACAGGCAAAGGGCCAGGUGAAGGGAGGAGCCAAGUCAAAAGGAAAGGGCAAGGGCAAAGGCAAGGGCAAAGGCAAGGGCAAAGGCAAGAGCAAAACUUUAAAGACGAAGAGAAGCGAGACCCAGCCUUGCGAGGACGACAAUGAUGGCGAUGUCGCAAUGGAGGCUGUAGCUGGGGAUGUCAAUGUCAAUUCUGUCAAGUCUGUCAAUUCUGUCAAUUCGGAAAGUGACCAACUGGAGCCACCGGCGUCAGAGCCCGAGACGACCGUUCCAGCUCAUGAUGGCGCAGAUUUGCCUUUGACCUUGCCUGUAGUGCCAAUUUUGGACGGUCAGCCGCCAUCACCUCUCAACCAGAAGCGGCCCCGGAAGCAGAGCUUGUGGUUGAGCCACCCGGAAGCAGCAGAGCCAGAGCCUGUUGAGGCAGCAGGUCCAGAACCUGCUCCCGAAGGAGCACAAGCACCUUUGUUGGAAGCAAAGCCUCGGGUUCAGCCUCCGGAAGCAGCGCAGCCUGCUCAGGCAGCAGAGCCAGAGCCUGCUCCCGAAGCAGCAAGGCCUGCUGCUGCUCUUGGUCCUAGAGAGGUUGGUCCCCGAGUUCAUUCGACCCCAGCUCUGUUGAAGAGCAUUGAACCAAUGGAGUGGUUCAAGCUAAGACUGGACAAAAAUGCCCACCGCUUCCAAGUUGAAAUGGACAGGAAGAAAACGGUACCGAGUGGUCUCUGGGAUGCCAAGCCAAACAAAUGUACUUUAGCAGCAGCUUCAAAACUACAAGAUCAUGGCAAGAUGCCGCCCUCAGCCAAGUUCAUGAGUGGAUGUGGGAGAAGGCCAUUCUUGCAGGCUUGGAUACAACUGACCCACCGCAAGUGCCAGGACAAGUCCCUGUCCAAGUAUUAA